CGUUGGUGUCGCUACAAUUUUUGAUACAUGGCGAAAGAGACAAGCUGUGUGUGCCAAAAGAGACAGUAGACACUGCCGGCUGCUCUCGAGUUUACUCUGCCUCGACGUUCGCUUUUAUUUUCUCUGCUUUGGAUUUUGCAGAUGCGUUAGAUUUCAGACAGAAGUUGACUCUUUUGAAGUGCGGAAUUGAGCUACUUGAACAUCGUGGAAGAUGUCGGUCAAAUUAAGCACAAACAGCUCGCCGUCAGUCGAAUUAAGCUCCUAUCGUGAUCAACAUUUUAAGGGCACAAGGGCUGAGCAGGACAGACUUCUAAGGAAUUCCACCACUUUGUACGUGGGCAAUCUGUCGUUUUACACCACCGAGGAACAGAUAUAUGAAUUGUUUACCAAAUGCGGUGACAUAAGGCGCAUCAUUAUGGGCCUGGACAAGUACAAGAAGACACCCUGUGGCUUCUGCUUCGUCGAGUAUUAUCUGAGAGCCGAUGCCGAGAAUUGUAUGAGAUACAUAAAUGGCACUCGUUUAGACGACCGAAUAAUCAGAACUGAUUGGGACGCUGGCUUUAUUGAGGGUAGACAAUACGGUCGUGGCAAAACUGGAGGACAGGUGAGGGAUGAAUAUCGAUCUGACUUUGACAGUGGACGAGGUGGCUACGGUAAAAUAAUACAACAGAAAGUAACGUCUCUCUCCGACGGUGGAUUUGGACGGUGAAAUCUUUCAAUAGAUGUGUAAAUGAGACAUUGUAUGAUGCACACACGUGUGCAAGUGUUCAAUCCGUAUUUCAUUAUAUGUGACUGAAGUAAUUAAUUUUAAGUGUAAAUACGUUUUGGUGAUAAGCUUAAACUAAGCAGCAGUAUAAGUAGAGAUCGAUUCACAUAGUAGAGGUACGCUCAUAAUAUAUCAUUAAAAAGUUUUCGAUACUUUGGACAAACGUUUUGCAUAAUAAUGUUCAGAACCAAAGAAAUUGCAGUUAAACUUGACUAAUUCUAUACACAUGUCCUCACCAAUGUUUCCUUGUUAUUCGUUCCUUGAGUUAAUGUAACAAAUCUUGCAAAUACAAAAUCAAUAAAAUUUAUUUUAUAUAUAA